UCAAAAUAAAAAUUGAAAAAGGUUAAUUUGGCCAGAGGCUGUCUACUUUUACAUAACAUUCGUAUUUUUCCAUUUUAGUAAAACAUGCAUCCAAAAUUAGGAGAGAAAACUCCUGCUCCAAAAUAUGAUUAUUUUUCAAAGCCAGAUGGUGAAGAUGUACCGAAGAAAUUAUGGUACACCCUGCAGCCAGCCGCAGCAUCUGCAUUUGCACUGUCCACUAUAGAUGUAAUGUUAAUGACUAAACCAAAAGGCUAUGUCAAUAUUUUGAUGAGAUUUGGUUACGUUAGUUUCCCCAUCAUUGGAUGUACAACAGCAUUCGUGUUGACAAGUAAUUUUCUGGGAUCCCUAAGACAGAAAUCAGAUCGAUUGAACUGGGCAGUAGGAGGUAUGGCAGCUGGAGGAGUCGUUGGCUUAUGGAGAAGAAAACAGAUCACAGGAUGUUUGUGUGCAUUAGCGUUUGGUUUCCUUGGCUACAUGAGGAAGUAUGGAGCAGAUAAUGGCUUUGUAAUCUUUCCGGAAACUAGAAGCCACUUCAGUUUGAGAUCAGCUGGGUAUGAUUAUACUCUCGCUAAAGAUGUUCCUGGAAAUUAUACCAAAGGGCCAGCAAAGGCAGAAAUGUAGGACUCCUUGUGAAAUAUAGUUCGACUUGAUCAUUGUAAAAUAUUGAAGGUAUUAACAAGUGUUUUUGUUUAAUCUGUUCACUCGUGCUAGUAAAAGAUUUAUUGAAA